UUGUUUUCUUUGUUUCUGUUUUUGAUCGAACGUAUCUUGAUAGGAGGCAUGGUAUUUUCCUGCGGUUCGCAGUAAAAGCAGGAAAUAUAUGUCUGUUCGUAUUCGCUAGGAGCUGUAAUCUGAUUGGCUGGGUGUAACGAGGUGCUGUUGCACGUGCAGGUGAUGGUAUAUGGUGGGAGAGUGUGAAAGCGGGUCAUUCUAGCCUGUUGAACCUGACCCAGACGGUUGGGUUUCUAUACAGUAAGAAGAUGGAGCCGGCGGUAGCGCAAGCUAUGUAGGUAGCACAGACAAACAUGAUGGAGAAUUUGGAGCGUAUAAUGACAGCAAAGUUAGACGGUUUUCAGCAACAUAUAGCAGAUUCUCAGAGAGUUUUGAGCGAGGUACAGUUGGCGAAGUUUGAGACAAUGACAAAGGACUCGUACAAGUUUAUUAAAAAAGGUAAUGAAGAACAGCACAAAGUGAAUACAAAGGUGAGGCAGGCAAUGAAGGAGGCAGAAGCAGCGUUGAAGGAAAAAGAUGGAAAAGAGGCCAUGGACAUGAUAUCUAAAUCUAUUGAUAUUUUGGACCACAGACAGAAAUUAAUUAAAAUUGCCGAUAGUUCAGAGUUUGGUUGGAGGACUGUUUCUGAAUAUGAAAAGAAGGAGUUGGCAGACAAUUCAGAGGAUGAAAAAAGGAUGGUGAAAGCAGAGAACAGAGCACAGAAGAAGUUUAAGCAACAGAUGAUGCAGAGGAGAACCAGAGCACAGCCCCGUCGAACGCACCCCUACGCCCAGGCCCCGGAACCGGAAGUCAAAGGGAAUAAUGUGGAUGGAGUGAGAAAUAAGAGUGGGAAUGGAUCAGCGCGUCGUCCCGGGAUCUGCUUUAGCUGUGGGAAGCCGGGGCAUUGGCGUUUUGAGUGCAGGGAGAUACUCAGGAACGUGGAUGAUCGAAAUGCUAAGGCCUAGGGAUCCAGGAGGCUAUACAUACUGAAGUGUCAAAAGGAGGAUGUUUGACGGGGAACAUAAGGAACCUGGCGGAGAG